AUGUCAGUGUUACUUCCGUGUUCCGCUCACCUGUUACACCUGUGUCACAGCAAGGUGCGACUCCAGUUGCCGGUGCACCUGCUGCGCUUUCGUGCCAUGACGGAGGAGCAAGUAACAUGCGAGUUAGUGUGCUCAUCACCAGUUCAUCCAGAGGAGACUUCACACACCGCCAACCCCAAGGAGAUGGAUAGUGAGCAGCCUAUUUUCUCCGUUUUAAGCGCGAGCGUCAAGCAGCAACAGGCGGGGGACACCAACACCACCACCAACACCACCAACACCACCACUACCACCACCUCACCGGCUGCGACCGCCUCCGAUACCGAAUCUGGCAUCUUCUCCGGUGAAUGUGAGCUCUGUGUGGAACAUGAGUCUGAGCUGGACUGGUUCUGUGGUACCGAGCAUAAACUAAUCUGCUCCCACUGCGCCAUCGUAGGGCCCUGCCGCGGACACACUGUGACCCCUCUGGCCACCAGAGUUACCGCAGUCAGGAAUCAACUAGUGGAUGUGUGUGAGAAAAUGCAGCUGCAGGCGCUGAGGAUUGAAAGGUUUAUCGAGCAGACACUGACUGCCAAAGAGCAAAAGCUUCAGGUAUCAGCAAGCAGAGCGAGGGAGCAGGUGCUUGCUCAGGUCAGCGCGGUACGUGAAGCUCUGGAGGAGGAGGAGCAGCGUCUCUUGGAGGAGGUGCAGAGGGAGGAGGAGCGGGUGGAGCAGUGUCUCCUCACCCAGAGAGCCCACUGGAGCCAAGCCAUGACAAAUCUGACGCAAACACGCUCACGCCUGGUGCACACGCUGACGCACACUCCAGACACACAGCUGGCGAUAAGUGCUCAGGAGAUAGCUGAAAGAAUUGAGGAGGGAGAGGGGAUCGGGGAGCCCUGUGAUACGGUCCAGCUCAACAUGAACCCGGGCUGCGGUGACAGUAAGCUGCUGAGAGGACUGUGGGCCACCGCAGUGCUGCAGGGACCAAAUGCUUAUGGUUCAUCUCAUUUCAAGUUUGAUGAGCGCACAGUGAGCCCUCUCCUGUCCCUCUCUGAUGACCUUUGCACUUUGACUUUCCUCCACAAAAAGCCCCGCCAGUCCCCACCCUACGACCCCGCACGCUUUGACUCUUGGCCCAACGUUCUGGGUUCGCUGUCUAUGUCCUCUGGUACCCACAACUGGGUGGUGGAUGUAGGCCAGAGUGGUGCCUUUAAGGUCGGGGUCUGCUACGCCAGCCUGCAGCGCAAAGGCUCGGGGAACGAGGCCCGGCUGGGACACAACAGUCAGUCCUGGGUGCUGUCUCACUAUGACGGGGAGUACUCCUUCUGCCACGAGGGGAAGAAGGAGUCCUUACGGGUUGUGAAGAGACCCCAGAAGGUCGGCCUGCUGCUCGACUGGCCGAGUCACACACUGCUGUUUUAUGAGCCGGACUCCAGUGCCGUGCUGCACUCUGUCACGCAUCACUUCUGCGCCCCUCUGCUGCCGGCGUGUGCCGUGACAGACCGCAGUAUCACCAUACUGCACUGACAUACCUGAUAGAGAUAAUUAUGAGUUAAUUAUGCAGCCCAUACAUCAAUGGAGAGAGUAGACAGGAGUCCAGGAUGUCUUGCAUUGAAAAGGUUUAUUUACUUGAUCAAGG